CAAUCACCUGUUGGUGCGUAGGUCAUGUGACCGGUAGGGUAUUUUAAACCAUAGUAGUGGCAUUCACCCUCGAAUGCUCAACAACAAUAGGAAUUUUACUGUUCUGGAUUCUACCGAGCCGAUCAAACUACCUUGAAGUAUUGGGAAAGUUAUUAGAAGAUCUACCACACAAAGAUAACGAUAUGUACACCUGUUGGAAAAGUUUUUUUCAACAAAAUUGAAAGAAACGAGUGCCCGUGUAUUUCAACAUGGCCGACUACAGCACGCGUAUGGGAGUACCACUUUGUUUACACCUUGGAUAUUAGAAAAGCUGAAGUUUCGAAAUAACGAUGACAGCGGUUACCACAGGAGAAGGAAUGUGAUACUUUUAAAAAUAAGUUCGAGUGUUGAAAAGUUCUAGAAAAUUUUAUACGUUUUGAGUACACGCCAAAGAAACUGACGUAAACUAAGGAACCUAAACUAAGCCUCUGAUUUCUGUGUCAAGUGCCCAGACACAAUAAUUUAUCAGAAGUGGUACCCUGUAUUUUUCUAGAAAAAAGAAUUUGAUCAUGUUGACCAGGACUUAUUUCCAUAAAUUUUCAAGAUGGUUAAUGGUGCUAUCUGUGAUUGCAGGACAUACAAUCUAUUCAGGUUACGCUCAAUCCCCUCCUUCGAGGUUUUUAAGUUCAAAUCAACAAGAAAGUACAGAAUGGGUGGGAAACAACAAACUUUUAAUGUGCCAAGCUACUGGGGAUCCCCCGCCAUUAUACAGCUGGUUAAAAAAUGGACAGUUUAUAUAUAGAAAUAUCAGUCGGACUUCGAUAAGACUGACAAAUAUUCAAGUAGCGGAUGCUGGAGAAUACCAGUGCCUUGCUUCUAACCCCCAUGGUGCAAUACUCAGUAGUAAGGUGCAAAUACAUGUAGCGUAUUUAGGAACUUUCCCCACCCGUUCCACAAGUGAAGAUGUAACAGUCAGUGAAGGCAGUGCAGCCAUUAUAAACUUACCAACAAUAAAUAGCUACCCUGCUGCCUCUGUCCAGUGGUUUGAAGCGGGAAUUUUAAUCAACCCAGCAUCUUGGACAAGGCAUUAUGUAACAUUGAAAAAUAACCUAGUUGUCACAGAAACUUCCCAACAAGAUGCCAAAAGUUUCCAUGCAGUAGCAAAAAAUACUUAUUUACCUCAAGAGGAGAGACAGACUCACAACUUUAUCCUCAGGGUGCAAGGCACCAAUGACCGAUCUUCUAUUUCACCGGAGAUUGUUGUACCCCCAGAAGAUGUAACAGUAGCUGAAGGAACAAGUCUCCCCAUAAAAUUGGAGUGUGUGGCCAAUGCAAAACCCAGAAAUUAUUUGACUACCCUGUGGUUCAGAAAGAAUGGUAAUCAGAGGACAGCAAUCAAUCAUGACAAUAAUAGGAACAUUCUGCAGUACAACAACAGGACUCUGACCAUCUUCAAUCCGACCACUCAGGAUGCGGGGGUGUACCAGUGUGAGGCAGUACUUACUGAACCAGGACAGACCCACCCUACAGCUCAGGCUGAGGCCACAGUUACUGUACUUGGCUUGCUGAGAUUUGGUAACCUUUCUCCCUCAGUCCUAUCUAAAGAUUUUGGUGAGACUGUUUACAUUCUGUGCAACUACACUGGUAAUUCAGGGGCAACUCUGUCUUGGUACAAGAAUGGAGUUGACAUACAGACUCUGAAUAAUCCAAGGUUUGAGCCUCAGACAUCUGGAUCACUGAAGAUCAAUGGAUUGGAUCCAGAUGAUGCAGGGAUGUUUCAGUGUUUUGCAUCUAACAUGGCCAAUUCCAUCAACUUUGCAGUUUGGCUGCAGGUUCAAAGUUCUGCGCCAGUUUUUGUGAGGAGUCCAAGGAAUAUCUCCAUUGUGGAGGGCCAAGAUGCACGGUUCCCAUGUGAAGCCAAUGGAGCCCCCAAACCAUCUGUUCACUGGACAAAAGUAUUGGAUGAUGGCACAGAACAAAAUCUCACCACCUCUGGAAGGUACCAAGUCUUGGAGAGAGAAUUGCUUAUUGCUUCCUCUGAAAGUAGUGAUACGGGGACCUAUGUAUGCUGGGCCUAUAAUUCUGUAGGGUCAGCUAGUGCGUCUGCAUACCUUACUGUUACAAUUCGCACCCAAAUCACCCAGCCCCCUCAAGACGCAGCUGCAGUUCUCGGAACCACCGCCACAUUUCAGUGUGGAGUCGUACACGAUCCACUGGUAGCUAUCUCUGUCACCUGGUACAUGCACAUCAACAAUCAGAGGAGUCUCAUUGGCUCCGAUCCAAGGUUUCAGGUAGCGAAUGAUGGGAGCCUGAUCAUCAUGGCGGUGAACCAGGUGGAUAUUGGCACUUAUGAAUGUGUAGUGACAUCAAAAGGUGGAAAUGACAGCAGAACAGCUCAGCUGACUGUUAUAGAAAAACCAACCAAGCCUGCCAUCAUUAGAGUGGCUAUUAACCCAACCAAUCAGAAGAGUGUUGACAUUCAGUGGGUAAAACCAUUUGAUGGUAACAGUCCAAUCACCAAAUACAUUGUGCAGUUCAGAAUAUUGCCGGAAGGAAGCACACUUCCACCCAGUGAAGGUUGGACAACAGCAGAUGACAAUGUCCCUGUGCCUGCCGCACCCUCCCCUAUCUAUUACACAGUCAGUGGCCUGCAGCCUGCCAAAGUUUACCAGUUCCGUGUCAGUGCCAUCAACAGAGUUGGAGAAGGGCCCUACAGCGAUCCCAGUGAAACUGUCACCAUACCUCAGCAGCCUCCCAGUUCUCCAGCCAGAGGUGUCCUUGGCAGGAGCAAAUCCAACGAUACCUUCUUCUUACAAUGGCAGCCACCACAGGAGGACUUCUGGAACGGACCGCUGCGAGGAUUCACCAUCCGUUUCAGGCUUGCUGGCUACGAUACCAACCCCUGGAACUACAGAAACUACACCAUUGAUAGGCCUAUCACAGAAACCACCACAUUCUACUACGAUGUCACUGGACCGGGGGUGUUUGUGUUUCAGCAGUAUGAUGUCGGUGUGGCAGCUUUCAACGAUAAGGGUGUUGGGGAGUAUAGUGCUAGCAUUCAGGUAUGGACAGAGGAAGGAGUGCCUAGGCAACCACCAUCAGCAUUCUCAGUCCAGGCCGUCAAUUCAACCAGUAUCAGGGCACAGUGGGAUCCUGUGGGAUCACAAUUUAUGAAUGGCAUCAGUUUGGGAUUCAAGUUGAUCUAUCGCAAAGUGAAUGAUGUUAGAGAACAAAUUACUAAUGUACCCAUUGACCCAACAAAUUACUAUGGUACCCAGACUGGCUAUAUUGUAAACCUUGAGAAAUUCACAGAGUAUAAAGUGUCAGUGCUUUGCUAUACCAGCAAAGGGGAUGGUCCACGCAGCUCAACAUUGAAUGUUACAACAGCAGAAGAUGUUCCUGACGAAGUUGGAAGCCUGAUAUUUCCAGUUGUACAGCAUACAUCCAUUAAAGGCCAGUGGACAAGACCAGCCAAUAUUAAUGGGAUUUUACAAGGUUAUGUGCUUACCCACAUGGUUAAGAACCAAACUGAAACCCAAGUGGUGUUGAAUCUUGGCCCAGAUAUUCUGGAGUAUGAAAUCGGCAGUCUGACCCCAGAGACCGUGUACACUAUUGAAGUAAUGGCCAGGAGUAGAGUGGGACCUGGUCCAGCACGGACAGCAGAUAUCAAGUCUGGGGUGCCACCAGAACCUCCUAAUGCACCAACCAAUGUGGGGGUUUCCAACAUACUCUCCCGAUCUGCUGUAAUCCAGUUUGAACCUGGAUAUGAUGGCAAAACCUCCAUAACUAAGUGGAUCAUAGAAGCCCAGAUAAGGUCUGCUGUGGCCUCUGUGAACCCUGAAACCCCAUGGAAGAAUGUCUUUAAUACCAGUGCACCAGAUGCCAAAUCAUUUGUUGUCCACAACUUACGACCAUACACAUAUUACAGACUAAGGAUAAUUGCUCAGAAUGUUGCUGGUAUAAGUGCCCCUAGUGAUCCAACCCGAGCAUUUCAAACCACUCAAGACAGGCCAGAGUCUGCACCUAAGAAUGUCACAGUUAGGGCAGUCAAUGAAACUGCUAUCAGAGUGAGCUGGAUGCCUCUGCCAAGCAGUGAGUGGAAUGGGGCACCAGAAGGAUAUAGGAUUGAGUAUAAGGCCAAGAAUGCUCAAACAUUUUCCAUGAUAGAUAUCAAUGACAUAAACAUGAACAGUUACACUAUUGUCGGGUUGGAAGAGUACACAGAAUACCAGGGGCGUAUGCAGGCCAGGAAUGAAAUCGAUCUUGGACCCUACAGUGACCCUUUGGCCAAAGACAAAACAUGGGAGUCAGUGCCAUCUGCUGGUCCACAAAACGUCAAUGCAACUGCAGUGAAUUCAGUCUCCAUAAGAGUUGUGUGGGGGGAUGUGCCAAUGAGGAGCCAAAAUGGACUCAUCCUGGGUUAUAAGGUCCAGUAUAGUUCACAAGAAGAAGGUCUGAGUCCAGAGAUGGUGACAGUGGAAGGGAACAUGACCAAGCAGUGUGUCCUCACUGGCCUGAGGAAGUAUGUCAUGUACAAGAUUCAAGUGCUGGCAUACACUAGAAUUGGAGAUGGUGUUCUCAGUAACCCCCCCAAGUCUACACGGACGGAUGAAGAUGUUCCUGGCAAGCCUACCAUCAUCUACUUCCCCGAUGUGACCUUCUCCACAGCCAAGGUUGUCUGGGCACCACCAUUAGAACCAAAUGGAAUCAUCACUGGCUAUAGGCUGAUAUACCAAAAGAAAGAAGGAGGUCCAUCCCAAACAAACUAUACAACAGCUGGUGUCAAUGAAUUUACUGUCUAUCAGUUAGAAAGGGAAAAGACUUACAUGUUCACUUUGACAGCAAAAACAAGACUGGGCUGGGGUGACUCUGAAACUGUUGAAGUCAGGACAAUCAAAGACAGAAAAAAACCAGAUGCGCCCUCUACAGUCCAGGUCAGUAAUUCCCAGAUCAAAGCACGUGAGGUAACCAUCAGCUGGCAGCCAGGCUUUGACUGGUAUGGACCAAUUAGAAACUUUACCAUCCAGUAUCAGAAAGAAGGCCAAACUUGGGUCACUGUUCCAGGACUUGUACCCCACACUAACACAUCGCAUACUAUAGGAGGGCUUAGCCCAAGCUCAAGGUACAUUUUCCGUGUCGCUGCCACAAAUGACAUAGGAACCAGUGAAUUCAGCAGUCCAUCCGCCUCAAUUCUAACCCUGGAAGCAGCCCCUGAUGGUGCCCCACUGAAUCUGAAAGUCACCCCCUAUACCACCACCUCUGUCAAAGUCCAGUGGGAGCCACCUCCCAGAGAACUUUGGAAUACGAAUGGCGACUUGGUGGGAUAUAAGAUAAAAUAUCGCCAAAUUGAUAACCCAUCAUAUCAAGAGCUGAUAAUAGAAUUUCCUGCUGUCACUACUUAUCUGUACAAUCUUACCAAAGGAGUGACAUAUGAGUUCAGGAUUCUGGCUUAUAACAGCAUAGGAGAUGGGGUUCUAAGCAAACCUGAAACUCGCUUUGUUGGGGAGGCUGUUCCAACAGCCAGUCCAGAGAGUCUACUGUUGGAGGCUAAAAGUUCCACUGCGAUCCAGGUGCGUUGGAGACCACCACCAGUUGAUUCGCAGAAUGGAGCUCUACAGGGAUACAAGAUAUUCUAUUGGGAAGAUGGAAAGCAGGCUGAGACAGAAAAGAAAGCUCUGGUAGAGGCAACAGCCAAUGAAAUCUCUCUGCAAGAUUUAAAGAUGUACACUGUGUACAAUAUCCGUGUAUUAGCUUAUAACCCUGCUGGAGACGGACCCAACAGCACCAUUGCCUCGGCUAGAACUAAUGCAGGCAUUCCUGGGAAACCUGGAGAGCUGUCAUUUCAUAACAUUUCCCUGGAUUCCCUCAAUGUGACCUGGACUCCGCCAGAAGAACCCAAUGGAGUGAUUGUUAACUAUGAGGUUGUUUACAUAGGUGCAAGUAAAACUGUCCAAGUAGAGACAAAUAGCAGAACAACAUAUUACUUUGCCAGAGACUUGGAGGAGGGUGUCACAUAUAACUUCAGUGUAAAAGCCAAGACUGAUUUGGGUUAUGGCCCAUCUAGUACCAAGGCUAUCACCACAGGCAGUCAGCAAGGUGAAUUAGAUAAUCAAGUUCAACAUUUUGGUUCUCCUGCUGCACCUAUAGACUUGGAAUUGGACUAUGCAUCUACAUCUGUGACUUUAAAAUGGACAAAUGGGGCUGAAGGGGCAUCAGCCAUUAAAGGCUAUAUUAUCCAGUCCAAGGCUCCUACAGAAUGGUCAUGGAGAACUAUUUUGAGGAAGAACUCUGCAGGCUCUGUGGCUGUAAUUCCAUUUGACAACCUCAGCCCUAACAACAUCUACCAGUUCCGUGUGAUAGCUGUGAACGACCAUGGUAUCAGUGACCCCAGUUUGCCGUCCCAGCCUCUUCAGACCCCUGCUCUCAGCCCUGCCUCUGCAGCCGUGGAAAAGAUCUAUGAGCAGUGGUGGUUCUUGGUGAUUGUUGCCCUUUGUGGACUAAUUCUUAUCAUCAUUGUGGUCUCUUUACUCUGCUGUACUGCUAAGAGAAAUAAGGAACCUCUCCCAGCGAAUAUGAAGGUCAUGACCCCAGUGACUAUGCCUCCAUCAGAAGAGGCACACAGUGUAGUGGAUGAUGAUGGAGGAUUCACAUCAUUUGAAAUGCGGGAAUCAAUCAGGAGAAGCAAGAGGAGUGUGGCUAAUGGAAAGAAAAAUAAUUAUAUCAGAUCUCCACCUCGUCCCAGUCCAGCCAGUGUCACCUAUUCAGACGAGGAGUCUAAACCUCCAGGCUAUGAUGAAGAUGGCAGCAGCACUACCUCUGGAAAACCGUCUGAUCUUGACUCAGACUCACAGGAGAGUGACAGUGAGCCACCUAGUGAGAAGGGAAGCCAGGCGGCAGCCCCUCAGCCACACCAGUCCUCCAGUUUCAUGACAGCUAAUCCUUAUGUCAAUGAUCCUGUUAGACAGUCAUGGAAGAGACAGAAAUCCAACAGUAAAGCCUACAGUUACACAGACAGUGAACAAGAAAGUAGCCAUUAUGCAAUGAGUCUAAAUGGAGGUCAUAUAAUUAUGAACAAUAUGGCAGGUUCUCGGGCACCAUUACCUGGCUUUUCAUCAUUUGUAUAGUAUUGGCUGCAUUCUGGCACAAAAAAGGCUGGUCCUAUUUUGAUAAAGUAUUCCUAAAGUGCCAUGGGUUUCUGAACAAAUUUUUAAUGAAAUAAUUAACAAAACUUUGCACAAUGAUCUCAAGGACUUGUAGUCAUGAAGGAUCUGUCACAGAUGAAGCUGGAUUCAUGUCUACAUCAAGCAGUAAUAUCAAUGUAUUUUGAAAAAGGCAUAUAUAUAUAAAUUGAUGUAAGAUGUUUUAUUUUCCAUUUCAUGUUCAUACUGCAAACUACAUGCAGUAGCACAGAGGUGGUAAAUACAAAGUUGACAGAGUCAUGUUUUUCAUUCAAACUGUACAGAUAUGAACAUUACAUAUCUUAUUUUAAAAUCAACAUAUGUAGUAUAGAGGUAGUAUUUUUAGUCUGACUGUACACUACUUAUGUGAUAAAAGAAGACAACUCAGCAAGUAAACUUAGACAAUAUAGCUUAACUGAAAUGUAAGAAGUGGAGGGGGAGGCUACAUAGCAUUGCCAUUAAAGUAACUGUUCUAUUAGAUUUGAAAAGAACUGUGAUUGUUUUAAAAAGCACACAUCAAAAUAACUAGAGAUCUAUGCAAAGAGGUGAUACAUCGUGAAAGGUAUCAUCGCGAGACCAGUUACACAUGCAUAUCAACAUUUGUUGUACAUAUCCAUGGACUACUGUGUAUUUAAAUAUUUUUUUAUACAAGUUGGUUAUGUUGUGGUUGAAUAAGCUUAUUUAAAUGCAUGUGUGGCUGCAGUUGUUUUCUACUCUAAAUGAUUUUCCUUUUCAUGCUGUAGAAGAAUUUCCUAACAUGUACCACUGUAUCAACUUUUUACAUUCAUUAUUGAAUUUAACUUUUAGUACACAAAUUGAGUAAAUGAAAGAUGUACAUGCUAUUAGAAUUAUUGAGCAGUGUGUAUAUGCACAUUGAAUGUGUUUCUUUCAUUCGACAUUAUAUCAUGAUUUGAAAAUAUUUAAAUUGCAUUUUAGAGAAGUACACAAUAUUUGUAUGUGUACAGGUGCUAAAGCUUUUUCUCUACAGACACAUUUUAUGUACCUCUUUUAAGGACAGCUUUAUCUGUAAGUUAACCUGGCAAUGCUUUAUAAACCCAGAUUUCUUUUACCUAUUCAUCUAUAUAAGGUACAUCUCAUAAAUGUACAUAAUAUAUAUACAUUUCAUCAUUGCAUUGUGAAAUAAACAUCAUUAUUUACA